AUGGACGUGUUUGAGAAGAGUCAGACCGUCGACCCCGAGGUCAGGGCGCACAUCUACUCGCUCAUCUCGGCCAUCGGUGGCAGUAGCACUGUCAAUCAAGGCCAAUAUGUUCUUGGAGACGACGCCCUAGCAUGUUUGAAGGACUUGUCAAGAUGGAUCCGCUCAUACGACGACCGCAUGAACAGGCACGAUGUCAAGAGAUGCAUGGCCGAAGCAAAUCUGAUCAGAGGAGACCUACUGCCCAUCCUGGCCCAACAAGGAGACAAGACGGAACGCAGUGCUCUCGCCGCAAAAGUCGCCCUGGGCUGUCUCGACCUGCUCAACACUCUGACCUGGCCAAUCGAGCGCAAAGAAGAAACAAUGACAAUCAACGUCCACCGACAUCUCCCUUACAUCAGACUCGCCCAAGUCGAAUACAAGCGCGCCAUUCUCCACUGGGAAACUGCCGACAUCCUUCGCACCGCCAUCAGCAUCGCCAUUCCCGCCAUCACGACUCCCAGAUCCGAUCGCACUCCUAGAGACGAAUCUAUCAUUGGUGUCGUUCUCUACUUCCUUCGCAAUGUCGCCAUCAUCUCCCAACCUCAAGAUCUACCGAGUCAAGCCGAUGACAAUGACAUCAACCGACAGGAAACCAUACACGCUUUCCAGCAACAAAAUGUCUUGCAAUUUAUCCUCACCGUCGCUUCGGGUGUCACUGACGAGUAUCCUAUGCAUGAUAUCGUCCUCCUGGAUAUACUGUUCCAACUACUCAAGGGUAUCGACCCUAAGGACUUGUUCAAGAAUGAAAAACAGUUGGAAGAUGCCAGGAAUGACGAGUUCAAAGCUCUGUUGGACAAAGAGAAGGCUAUGAAUGCUUCGUUUACACGAAAUGCUCCGAGUCGACACCAACGUUUCGGAGGCAUGUACUGGGUUAAGCGACCAGAUGAGAAGGUCUCGACCCUCAGCGGUCAAAACGUCAUCUUCGACGAGCAAAAAACUAUGCACCAGAUGGACAAGUCAAAACUCUGGAACAAGCCAAAGGGCAGGAAGAAGAAUACAGAGGUCCAGGAUGAAAACAACGACUUUGACAACAACGUCGAUCUGGACGAGCCCACGCGAAAGAUUGUCCGCAGCUUUGUUGAAGACUUUCUGGAUUCCUCGUUUAAUCCUCUGUUCAACAGUCUUCGUCGAGCACUCACAUCCGAAGCCGAGCGCGCUCAGAAGUAUCAUACUCGCCAGUAUUACUAUAUGAUGGGCUGGUUCUUGCAAGCCGAACGUGCUAGACAAGAUUUACUGAAGCGUAAUGGCAAGGUACACGACGCUGCUGUCGACGACUCUCCCUUUGCAUACAUCGCUGCUGUCAUGACCCAAGAGAACUUUAUCUUGCUCGGACGAAAGAUUCAGUCAAGUCUGGACGACAAAGAAUGGUCCGACCUUCACGCCUGUAUGCGAGCUUUCACACAGAUUCUGUUGACUGUGGGCGCUAUGGCAGACUCUGCUUCCGAAGACGAUCAGGACAUUGCAGAGAACAUCCAAAACAGAAUAUUCUACGAAGAAACGACACAUGACCAAGUCAUUGCUGUGCUCAGAGGAUACAAUGGUCAAGGUUUUGCAUUCCUAGACGCAUGCACAGAUAUGGCACACACCUUCUUGCGCAUGCUAGAACGAUACAGCAAGCAAAAUGUCGACAUGCAGGUCCGCUCGAAACGCCGUGCACGCAGGAAGCGUAGAGUUGAGGCUCAAGCCAAUGGUGCUGAAGAGGAAGGUGCAGCAUCAGAAGCUGAGGAUCAGGCUGAUGCUCAACGCGCCGUGAGCGAGCGCAAAUUCGAUUUUACCCGAUUUGCUAGCAAGUUCAUGACGGAGAGUGCCGUCAAUACAUUUGUCACUUUUACAAGCUACUACAAGGAUCUGGAUCUCGAGCAGCUGAAACGCUGUCAUCGUUUCUUCUAUCGUUGCGCUUUCAAAAUGGAGCGGUCGAUCUUCUUGUACAGAGUUGACAUUUUGCAUUUGUUCAAUCGCCUGAUCAAGGGACCAGAGGGUCUACCCAAGGAGAUGCCAUUGUUCAAGGAAUGGGAAGAAUUGGUCAAGCAAGUUUUCAGACGUUGUCUCAGGAAUCUGGAACAGCGUAGAGAGUUGAUGGUUGAGAUGCUCUUCACCAAGAUACCGAAUACGAUAUUCUAUCUCGAGAAUGGAUACGACAUGGAAAUCACAAAGGCCAGACCUAGACCACCAGCUGAGUUGAUGGUGAAGCCCGGAUUGAGCCAGGAGGAGCAAAUUGCCGUCGCUGUCAGUGUGCUCGUCAACCAAGGCAAACUGGAUGCUUUGGCGUGGGUAAAGGAUGUCCUCAAUUCUGCUGCAGAAGACAGAAAGUCCUGGGAAGAUCUGCACGAAGCACAAGCAAGCAUCGAAGCCUCUGUAAAUCAGGAGCGCGACAAUGCAGAAGUCGAGCCCACCAACCAAGAAACCCAACCCAAAGCCCCCUUCAUCACACUCAAACCCGACUCGGACGAUCGCAAACUCAGUCUCUUCAAAGACAAGUUCCUGCGUUUACUUCUCAAACUCCUCUCUCUCGAUCGCCUUGGCGAAACCGACGACCCAGACGCAUCUUGGAUCGUUCCGUCUUCCAUGUCUUCCUCCCUCAUCCUCUCCAACCUCGCCCUGAUCAGAAAGUUCGAAUUCGACUUACCUACCUUCGAAGGCGGCGUAGCCCCCGAAUCUCUUCUUAGAAGCAAGAGUGCGUCAGGUCUUCACGCCAGAGCAGACAGAAGCGCUGCAGCCAGUGCAGUCAACAGCGACGACGAAGGCGACACCCUAUCCGACCUUGACGCUCAAGCAGCAGAACUCUUCGAACCAGGUGGCCCUACCUCCCGACCCGCCGAUUACAUCAAACCUCGGUCCAAAAAGCGAUUGUUGCAGCGCAAAGCACCUGACCUCAGCGAAGCAGAAAGACUGCUGCGUCAACAAGAAAGAGAAGCCAAAGAAAGAGAAAAGAAUCAAAAGAUCAAGUCUGCACUGCGCAUUACUGACUCUGAUGAUGAAGACGACGAGGAAAAAGACGCAGAGUUUUUCAAACUGGAGGAAAUGAGGAGGAAGAAGAUCAGUGGUGUUAUAAAGAAUGCACUGUUGACUGAGGUUGAUGAAAAUGCUGGCGUGAAGAACAAACGCAAAGCCAAAGCCAGCAAGAAAGAAAAGGGUAGCAAGGGGAAGAAGAGGAAGACUAUUACUAUCGAAGAUGAUAGUGAGAGUGGUAGCGAGAUCGAUCAGGAUGAGGAGAUGGGGGAUCUGGAUGUUGUUGCUGUGGUCAGUGACGACGAGGCAGCUGAAGACACACCCAUGGAUACUGUCUCCCCGCUCAAAUCCAGCGCUGCAGCUGCAAUGAGUGCAGACGAAGACGAAGAAGAGGAAGAUAUCGUACAGACCAGACCUGUACGAGCAAGAGCAACAGCAAGACUGCCGUUCCUGGAUGACAGCGAUAGUGACUAG